GGUACUCGCCCAAAUUUAAAGCCGUGUGAUACUAUAUUGAUUUUUUCGUAAAACUACUUGUAAUUUUUAGUAAUUCCGUUUAGUUUACAAAGCAGUACUUCGACAAAUAAAUUCAGUGUGUUCCGUAUAGUUUUAUGAAUGUUUGCGUGUGAUUUUGUGUUAAUUUAUUGGAUUUAUUUGAACAUUCAAAGCCGGCUCCUCAGAUUAGGUACACGCAAGAAGAUGAAAUAGAAGCCUUCCAAAGCAAGAACGUCAUCCUCCUUAAGCACAAAAACAUUUAUUUUUAGUAAAAGAAGUGACAAAUGUUCAUACAUAUUUUUCCAGAUUAUAUCAUUAGCUUGUAGUAGUUAUACGGAAAACUUGAUAUUCUUCCCUAGUACAUGUUGAACGAGGCGAGAAUGUCAGCUCUUCAGAACUCGGUCAAUAAUUCCAGUAGUGUUAGCGAAUUCUAUAAUGGAAAGACGCUGUUCAUCACGGGAUGUACGGGUUUUAUGGGAAAAGUCCUUUUGGAAAAGCUGCUGAGAUCAUGUCCUGGAGUGUCGAAGAUCUACCUGUUGAUUAGGCCCAAGAAAGGUCAGCAUGCACAAGAAAGAUUGCAACAAUUGCUGUGUUCACCGCUCUUCGACACAAUCCGCAAAGAACGGCCCCUAGAUCUUCACAAAGUAUUGCCCAUAGAAGGUGACAUCACACAACCGGAAUUAAACAUAAGCGCCAACGACAGAGCCAUACUGGAGCGCAGCGUCAAUAUAGUUUUCCAUAGCGCGGCAACUGUUAAAUUCGACGAAAAGCUCAAACUGUCAGUUACGAUCAACAUGUUAGGCACGCAACGGCUCAUCGAGCUUUGUAAGCGGAUGGAUCAUCUCGAAGCACUGGUACACGUAUCAACAGCAUACUGCAACUGUGAUAGAUCCGAGGUGAAAGAAACGAUUUACCCUCCUCCCAUUGGACCGGACCAGGUAGUAACGUUAGUUGAAGCUUUGGAUGAAGACUUGGUUGAUUCUUUUACGUCGAAGUUGAUAGGCAAGAGGCCCAACACUUACACAUUCACAAAAGCGCUGGCGGAGUGCUGGUUACAAAAAAAUAAAGGCGACUUACCCAUAGUCAUUAUUAGACCGAGUAUAGUUUUAAGCAGUAUUAACGAGCCCCUCAGUGGUUGGGUCGACAACUGGAACGGUCCUACAGGAAUUAUAGCAGCUGCAGGUAAAGGACUCAUUAGGACCAUGUUGUGCGAUCCAAAUAAAGUAGCAGACUUUGUACCUGUAGAUAUGGUCAUUAAUUUGAUGAUAGUGUCGGCGUGGAGGAUAGGAACUACACCAAAUAAAGAUAUAACAAUUUAUAAUUGUGUCACAGGCAUGCGAAAACCUAUCAAGUGGAAAGAAUUCGUAGAUUAUUGUUUUAAAUAUAGUCGGAAGCAUCCAGUGUUAGACGUAUCCUUUUACCCACAAGGUUCUCUUACAUCCUACAGACUCGUCAAUAGCGUAAGGCAGGUAAUAUGGCAUUGGAUCCCAGCUUAUAUAAUCGAUUCUUUUGUCUGGUUGUCCGGUGGAAAACCUAUAUUAAUGAGAGUGCAGGAAAAGUUAGAAAAAGCUGCAUCAUGUUUACAAUAUUUUACAACCAAUGAGUGGAAAUUUGAUGACGAAAAUGUACGACAGCUAGCGAUGGUUCUCAGUGAAUCAGAUAGAGAAGAGUUCUGUUUUGAUGUUGCCCGAAUAAAUUGGGAACAUUAUUUAGAAAAUUACGUCUUAGGAAUUAGAAGAUUUAUAUUUAAAGAAGAUGCUGAUACCUUACCAAAAGCUAGAAAAAACAUGUCGAAGUUGUUUUGGACAUACAAAAUAUUCCAAGUUCUGUCGGUGAUGUGUAUGUGGCACUUUUUAACACUCAGAUACGCCCCAUUGAGGCGUCUUUGGAGUAACGCUCUCAGGCUUCUCAUACAUUUAGCAAGAAUGCUGCCAUUUAUAUAAAAAACAAAUAAAUCUAAAAAUUUACUAGUUUAGAAAUUAUAAUAUGCUGUAAUUUUUCUAUAUAUACAAAAAACUCCAGCUGUGGCCAGAUAUUGCUCACGGAAUGCUUUUAUUUUGGUAACGAUUUCGAAGUAAAACAAUGUAACAUGAAUAAUUCGCAGGUGUUUUUGAUGCCGAAUACAACAAUUGUAUCAUUUACGACAUCCAUAUUAACAAAACUAAUAGAUUUUACCAAUAGUCUCUUGAGGUUUUCGGAUAUGUACAAAAUUUGUCAAACAACUGGUAUUCAUUUUUUAUGUUACUCUUGAUAGUAAUAUAAAAUUCAAAAUUGUAGAUUCAGUACUUAAAUUUGGUAAUUAAAUUUAAAAUCAAAUUCAUUUAACCUUUUUCUUUCACUAGGCAAGUGCUUCCAUUAUAGCUUCCUCUAGAAAGAAACGCACAAGUACUCCUCCAUAGUUUUACAAUUUUCCGCAUAUUACAAAUAAACUUUAGCUCGAAUGACAACGCAUCUUAUAUUACUACGAUAUUGGACCACUAUUAUAGCGUGCUCUCCCAUUUAAAGCUUCAGAUUAGUAGCGGUUAUAUUAUUUGCUAAGGUUAUUUAAUUGUGACAAAACAAGAAAUAAUUUCUUUAGCAGUUGUCUUUCAAAUAGUAGAAGAUAUAAUAAAAAUCUAAUGGUGGAAACAUAUAUUACCUUGAUUUCAUUACAAAGAUCGUUUUCUCCUAAAUCUGUUGCACGUCAAUGAAAUAAUGAUUAGGUUAUAGGUUCAUGAUGAAAAAUUGCCACGACAAAAAAAUAAUGACAUAAUAAAUCAUAUUGUAUUUUUUUAACCAAUUCCAUUAUUCUCAAUAUCACUAUUAUUGUCACUUAUCCCUAUCACAGCAUUUACUGGUAUCAGUGUUUUCCAAAAUAUUGAAUCAAUGAAAACAACAUCCCUUACAACAACUACUGAAUUGUUGUAGCAUUUUGUUGAUAUUAAUACAAUAUAUACCUGCUUACACAGUUUUUUAAAUUUGUUGAUAUGCCAUGAUUGCUCUCCAUACCGAAGAAGGCGUACCUACUAUAUUUAAGUGAUAUUUAAUGUAAAUUAUUUGAGUAUUAUUAAUUUAUUAUUAAUCAUUUGAGGACCGAACUUAAAAAAUAGUACAAAUCUUUCUUUCUAUACAUUUUGUUUGAUUGAGAACGUGAGGUAUUAAUUUAAAAAAAUUUAAUUAGUUCUAAAAUUAUCAUUAGACAUUUUGUUGUUUGUACGACGACGACAUCUGAAUACCAUUCACGGCGUGCAAUGGACUUGGUAGUAAACAAUUUUUAAUUUAAAAUUGAUACAAGAGUGCUUUUAGUCAAGUAAUAAAGAUUUUUGUAAUCCACCGUAUUUUAUAUGAUUGGUAUCACUCUUAUUAGCGCUACUUUUUUUCAAAUUUAAAGAAUGAAAAUUCGAUAAGAAGUUGACAAACAUGAUGGAAAUGAUUGGGAUAUUAUAAUAGUAUACUACACAUAUAGUAAAAUAAACAUUGUCAUCGCUUAAGAUGAAAGUUAAUGUCAAAUGAAAACGCCCAAUUAUCCUCUCUAAUUUUUCUAAUCCUCUCUAAUUUUGCAAUAACCUU